UCAGGAUAGGGAACCGAUAGUUCUGUCUAAAGAAAAAAAAAUGAACCUAAUAGUGAAAUGGUUUAAUCAUGGUAUUGAAAUUGGUAGAGUUUUGUGCCAACACAUCAAACUAAACCGCUAUUACAACCGAGGAAAAAAGGAAUCAUGCAAAUUAGUGACGACACUAUCUGAAUUUGGAAUCUAACUACACCAUCAAUGAUCUGGUCCAUCAUGACUGGUAAGCCUGUACUAACAUCGAGUUUUUGGAGUCAUUCCAAAAAGGUAGCUUUAAUCUGGCUUAUCUGUGCCUUAUGCUUCUUCACUUUGUUCCGAAUGGCCCUUUAUAACUCAUCAAACACUCUUUCAUCACCUUCUUCAGAGUCUCCAAAUUCAAAUACGGAUAGAAGAUCCAAAUUAUAUGAUAAGAUGGCAAGGGAUCUUGAUGAGCAUGGUGCUGCUUUUCUGAAACAUGGUGAAACCUCUCAGUCACUUUCUAUUUCAGAUAUCUUCACGUUAAAAGAUGGAUCUGUAACACCUGCAUUAAAGCCUGCAAAUCCUCCGGUGCGAGCUAAUGUGUUGUAUAUGAGCACUGAGUUCUCGGUCCCCAUUGCGGAAGCUGUCAAAGAUAUUUUUAAUCCAUACUUUGAUAAAGCAAUCUGGUUUCAGAACUCUAGUAUGUACCAUUUCAGCAUGUUCCAUGCCUCCCACCACAUUGUACCUGUACCUGCCACCAAAGAAGAGAUAGAAGCUGAAGCAUCUUCUGUUGAAGCUGUUUCUGCAAGGCUCUGCCCUUUGAAAAUUGUUUUGGAUGGGGUGGUUUUAACUUCAACAGGGGUGCUCCUUGGUUGCUGGCAGGUAAUCUCGGGCACCGAUCCCAUAACCAUUCGUGCUAGUUUGAAGAAUGUGCUUCCACGUGCACCAGAGAAGCAACUUUAUGAUGCUGCAAUUCUUCACACUACAUUUGCAAGGCUUUUAGGUCCACCUAAAGCAUUGUCUAAGGAACUGGUUAAAAUGUCAGACGAACUCCAAUUUUUUCAUGAGUUAGUGAAUCGACUUAAUAGUCAGAUCCGUGGAUUCAAGGUAGUGGUGUCCGAACUGUGGUACGUGGAGGAAUAUGAUCUACUUGCCCUUGCACUAAAUGGAAGAAUGAACAUUCACAAAUUCAAACUUGGGUGUUCAAGACAAGAGAUUCAAGUGUAGACACUCAUAUUUCAUUUAUUGAAUCAGAAUGCAAUGAAUUAAUACGCACAUGUACAAGAAUCAAGUAGUAUAAAGAAGAAACCGUAUUUUUUAUUUAUUAUGAAUUUAUCAAUUCAGUCCAAAUGAUAUAUAUUUCAUAGGUUGAUGUACCAAUAUGUAUGAUUGUAGAAUAAUGCUAUAUAUAUGGUUAAUGAACUUUAAUAUCUUAUCAUAACCACGAAAA